AUGCCUAGCUGUUAUGCCAUCAGAAAGAGGCGCGAGGACUGGGAUACUGCCAGGUUGCUCAGGCCUAGACAGGAGCAGUGGAAAUGCAGUAGUUGGGUUCGAACCGCAGAUAUUCCGGUCAAUGCCAUGCUAUCCGAAGGGAGCACGAGGGCUGAGAUACUGUCAGGUUGCCCAGGCCUAGACGGGAGUUGUCGAAAUGCAGAGGUUGAGUCCAAACCAUGGAUCUUUCGUUUGACUGGUCCCACAGCGGUUAGAAAGGUUUUUCAUAAACAAGAGGAUGCCUUGAGUUUCGCAAGACACUUCGGUCCUGAAAUGAUGGUUUUCAGUUACGAAAGUCAUUCUCUGGGUCAUGGAGGGCAACGAUUUUUUCUCACCUCAGGAAUUCAGUCAUUCUUUCACUAUUAUAGGCAAAUGACUCCCUCAGCGCGGUUGCAUUAUGAAGUCAUUCCCACAUUUCGGCCAGCGAAGUUGUAUUUAGAUCUCGAAUUCUCGCGUCAAAGCAACCCCGGGAAGGAUGGUCCUGGCGCUACGAAGAUUUUCAUAAAGGCUCUGUGCUCGGUGCUCAAAUAUUUCUACAAGUCGGAGUUCGAUCCUGAACAAGUUAUUCUACUCGAUGCAAGUACGGAGAAAAAGUUCAGUCAGCAUGCUGUUUUCAACUCUCCUGAAGCAGUCUUUGAGAACAAUUUAGAGCAAGGUCAACUUAUUCAGUUGCUGUGUUCGGCUUUGUGGCUUCUGAGCUCCUCUGGAUCAUCUGCCUACGAGGCCAUCUUGAGGCGGCAGUGUAGUAAAUGUACUUCCACUGUGAACCGUUUAGCGAAUUCAAUACUCCCAGACGCUGGAAUUGAUCCCACGGAUGCGAGGCAAUGUCUCGUCCACCCACCAGUUCUCCCAACCAGUGACGACGCACCUCCGUUGGUCAGUAUUUGUGAUACAGGUGUGUAUACUCGUAACCGAAAUUUUCGUCUUGCGGGUUCUCGUAAGUUGACUGGAACAAGUGCUUUGUGGCCCGUGGAUGCGAGUGAAACGUGUGCCUUUGACCUUGUUUGGACAAGUUGGAAGCAAUGGGCGCACACUCUAGUCACAUACGUUUGCUAUCCAACAAAAGCACAACUGCUGAGACGACCAGUUGCUGAUUGUUCCUGUGUGUCUUCUGUAAAUAUCGCUCACGCAUCAUUUCGUAAGUACAACUGUGAGGUGGAGGGGACGGCGAUUUCUUCAUGUGAGCCAAUCCACCUAUCAGAUGACUUGCGUCAAUUCAUUUUAACAGUUUUAAGUGAUUGGUGUCAGAAGGAUUUGAGUUAUGCAGCACGGGAUCGUGUUUUGUCAACUCGAUGGAAGAUUCAUGGUUUUGACGAUCAACAUUUCACUGUUACAACUGAUGAGCUCCGAUUCUGCGAACGCGUCGGUCGAGCUCAUCGCAGCAACCAUGUGAUAAUUGUGUUCGAUUUACUGCAGGGUUUCUACUAUCAAAAGUGUCUUGAUCCAGACUGCCGGGCGCUUGACUUCCGGUCACAGACUUGGCCUAUACCUAACGUUCUUUGCAGUAAACCUCAGCAGGGCAAUAACAUCGCACAGCCAAACGAUGACCCUCUUUCGUUCAGCGAACCGAGCGUGACGGAGGGACGAUCAAUAUUGUGUGGUGUGAUGGACACGAUGGACGUAUCAUUUUCAGAGGAUUUUUAGCAAACUUAUUUUUCAUACCUGAAUUUAUUUCCGCA